UAUUACGAUAACAAAAUUAAAAAAAAAACCAAUUAUUUUGCCUAGGUAUUUUCUUGUAAUUAUGGCUUUGGUUCUUGAAUGGAAAACACAAUUCACCCUUCUCUUUAUGAUUGUUGGGAUGUAUGCAUCUCAAGUCACUUGUAGUCAAGAUUCAACCUCCAUGGUGGAAAAACACGAGUCGUGGAUGGCGCGACAUGGAAGAACUUACAAAAAUGAUAUAGAAAAGGCAAAAAGAUUGAAUAUCUUCACGAAGAACGUGAAAUUUAUUGAGUCAUUCAACAAUAAUGAUAGUAAAUCAUAUAAAUUAGGUAUCAAUAAAUUUACUGAUCUUACUUCUGAGGAAUUCAUGAGGUAUUAUACUACUAAUCAUGGACUUAAUAGUAAGUUUUCUUCUAUAAAAUCACAAAAAUUAUCUCCAACAACAAUUUCAUCAUUCAAGUAUGAAAAUAUAAGUGAUGUUCCAUCUGAAAUGGAUUGGAGAAAGAGUGGUGUUGUCACUAGCAUCAAAGAUCAAGGUCAAUGUGGAUGUUGUUGGGCAUUUUCCGCGGUCGCGGCCUUAGAAGGAGCAAACAAACUCUCAACGGGGAAAUUAAUUUCACUCUCCGAGCAACAACUGUUAGAUUGUUCAACCGAAAACAACGGUUGUAACGGCGGAUUAAUAACCAUGGCUUACGAUUACAUCGUAAAAAAUAAUGGUAUCGCAGAAGAAUCGAGCUACCCUUACGAAGAAAAUCAAGAUUCAUGCAAGAUUCAAGACUCAAUAGUAAAAAUGAGUAGCUACGAGACGUUACCUCCAUCAAAUGAACCAAUGUUGCUAACUGCGGUGGCGAGACAACCUAUAUCGGUGGGUAUCGCGGUGAAUGAAGAGUUUAAGUUAUAUAAAAGUGGAGUUUAUGAUGGAAAUUGUGGUGAUGAAGUUAAUCAUGCCGUUACAAUAAUUGGUUACGGUACGAGUAAUGAAAAUGGUACAAAAUAUUGGUUAAUUAAGAAUUCAUGGGGGUCUAGUUGGGGUGAAAAUGGUUACAUGAAAAUUGCUAGAGAUAUUGGAAAUAAUGAUGGUCUUUGUAGGAUAGCUACUAUGGCUUCAUAUCCUAUUGUUUAGAAAAUUUGGUAAAAAUUAAUAGCACAUGAAAUUUAGUGUGCUUGUUUGGUUAAUGGUGUUGUACUAAGUCAAAUUAAAAGUCCUUGUAUUACAUAAUUAUAGUUAUCAUAUGGUCGCUUAAUUAAUAA